UAGACAACGACAAGGUAAGACUACGCGUUUCAUAUGGAAUGUGCUAAAACCCUAACUGUGCGACUCUCUCCGUGUGUCUACCGAACGGUAAAGUUUAACGGGUACGAACUUCGUGAUCUGAAAUUUGGUUACCCUUUGAACAAUUUGAAGUUCCGAAACUGAUGUUAACGGUGGUGGCUGUUUUAGUUUGAGGAAGCUCGCAGGCUAUGGCUUCUAAUGUGCAAGAUACUACUAUAGAAGAAAGGCAACCAGCCACUCGCAUACAGAUAUACCCUACCUCUGCCACUGGAGUCUCUCCGUUCUGGAGAGAGAAGUACGAAAGAGAAGCAAAGAAAUAUUGGGAUAUAUUUUACAAACAGCACCAAGACAAGUUUUUUAAGGAUCGCCACUACUUGGAUAAAGAAUGGGGUCGGUACUUCAAUGGAACGGGGAGAAAAAUCAUUUUAGAGGUCGGCUGUGGAGCAGGAAACACUAUUUUUCCCUUAGUUGCAACAUACCCAGAUAGUUUUGUCUAUGCGUGUGAUUUUUCUCCACGUGCUGUCAAUUUAGUUAAGACGCGUAAAGACUUCACUGAUAAACGUAUCAGUGCCUUUGUUUGUGAUCUGACUCUUGAUGACCUGAGAGAUCAUAUUCCUCCUUCUUCAGUUGACAUUGUAACCAUGAUUUUUGUAUUAUCUGCAGUGUCCCCGGAGAAGAUGUCUCUAGUUGUGCAGAAUGUGCAAAAAGUUCUUAAGCCAAAAGGUUAUCUUCUGUUUCGCGACUAUGCCACUGGUGACCUUGCCCAGGAAAGAUUGAUUUGCAAGGACCAAAAGAUAAGUGAAAACUUUUAUGUCAGGGGUGAUGGCACUCGUGCUUUCUACUUUUCAAAUGAAUUCUUGACCAGUUUGUUUAAAGAAAAUGGAUUUGUUGUUGAAGAAAUCGGUGUGUGCUGCAAACAAGUGGAGAAUCGUUCAAGGGAGUUAUUAAUGAAUCGUCGUUGGAUCCAAGCGGUGUUCCACCUUUCAUAUGGUACAAACUAUUCUAUAGAUACUGAAGCUGCUAUUCAAGUCAAGGAGAACAUCUUGAACGAAGCUAAGAAUGAUACUGAGGUUGACAUUUCUGAUGGAGUGGCGGCAGAAAUGUUUGGAAUUUUGCCCUCCGGUGACAAUGAGACAACUGAGAUCAACUUUGAAGACUUCAAUUUCAAGAUUAAAAUGCUAUCAAAAGAGUACCAACAUACUUGCAAAUCCACUGGCCUGAUGUUGUGGGAAUCAGCCCGUUUGAUGGCUUCUGUGUUAGCAAGAAAUCCAACUAUUGUUGCAGGGAAAAGGGUGUUAGAGUUGGGGUGCGGCUGUGUGGGAAUCUGCUCUAUGGUUGCUGCUAGGUUUGCUGAAUGUGUUAUCGCAACCGAUGGAGAUAUAAAAGCACUUGAUCUAUUGACCCAAAAUGUGGCUUCAAAUCUUAGACCACCAUUCCUAGACAAAUUGAUGACAAUGAGACUAGAGUGGGGCAAUAGAGACCAUAUAGAAACAAUAAAGAAAGUAAAUAGCAGAGGUUUUGAUAUUAUUCUAGGCACAGAUGUGACUUAUGUUUCUGAAGCUAUUUCACCCCUAUUUUCCACUGCAAAGGAGCUGAUUUCAACUACCAGAGGCAGUAAUAGUAAGGACCAGGAAGAACCAGCAUUGAUUCUGUGUCAUGUUAUUCGUCGGGUGGAUGAGCCAUCUAUACUUUCAACUGCAUUACAAUUUGGCUUCAGGCUGGUUGAUAGGUGGCCCUCAGGAACUUCUACUAAUUUAUCACAAGGAAUCAUAAACCCUUGGUUCCCAGACAAUGCCUUCCUAUGUAUUCCAGAUACGGCAUUGAAUAUAUGGUACUUCCGCAUGGAAUGAGAUUAUUUUAUAGACUUUCUUUCAUCCUUUUUUUUUUUUUUUUUUGCUCUCCAGUAGGGUUUUGAGUAUUUAUCCAUUGUUUCGUAACAUGAAUCCAUUGCCUGCAUUUAUUGCGACAUUUUCCCCUUGGGACGGUGAAGAUCUGUAAUUUACUGAAAACUUUUUCACAGUUGCUUUUAAAUGCAAGCGAAUUUUUAUUUA